AUCGGGGAAACCAGACGGAUAUUAAAACGAAGGUGUCGAUUCCGGCAGAGAGUGGCGGACAUUGACCUGAACAGUUAUCUGUAAAAAUGGCGAAGAAGCUUGUUAAGUACUGCGUGGUGGAUGCAUUUACCGAGACGGCGUUUAAAGGCAAUCCGGCGGCUGUGUGUUGGUUAGAAGGCACAGAGAAAGAUGAUAAGUGGUUGCAGUCAGUUGCGACUGAAUUCAAUUUAUCCCAGACUGGUUUCUUGACUCCGAUCAUCGACCACGGCUCGGAGAACCCUAGAUUCAAGCUCAGAUGGUUCACUCCUGUAACUGAGGUGCAACUUUGUGGUCAUGCAACAUUAGCAGCUUCGCACUUCCUUUUUGAGUAUGGUUUGGUGAAAUUUAAUAACACAAUUGAAUUCUCAACCCUUUCUGGAAUUUUGACUGCCAAAAAAGUUCCUGAACGAAGGAUUAAGGACUCAUCAGUCGCUGAAAAUGGUGAAGCACAAAUACAAUCCAACUUAUUGAUCGAGUUGAACUUCCCUAUUGUGGCAGUUUCAGAUUUCAAUGAUCUUGAGGUUUCAGCAAUUUCUGAAAUACUGAAUGGUGUUUCUAUUGUUGAUCUAAAGAAGAUAGCAUCGAAUGACAUCCUUGUGGUGCUUCCAUCAGGGAAGGAAGUUGUGGACUUUGAGCCGCAACUUGAUAAGAUCAAAAAGGCACCGGGCAGAGGGAUAAUAAUUACAGGACUUGCACCAAAUGGAUCAGGCUUUGACUUUUAUAGUCGCUUUUUCUGCCCUAAAUAUGGAAUUGAUGAGGAUCCUGUUUGCGGAAGUGCACAUUGUGCCCUAGCAGCCUAUUGGAGCGACAAGUUGGGGAAAUUUGAUUUUCUUGCAUAUCAAGCUUCACCUAGAAGUGGCAUUUUAGAUAUACAUCUAGAUAAGAAGAAUCAAAGAGUACUUAUUCGAGGUAAAGCCAUCACAGUCAUGGAAGGCUCUCUUUUGGUCUAAAGACAUGGUGUAGUCAUCUAUCGUACAAUAAACUUGAAUUCCAAAUUGUAAAAGUAUUUCGUGUACCUCUAUGUAUUUGGGGUUAUACUUAUAUAUUAUGAAUUUUAAAAUUUGCUAUUUAAAUCUAUUCAUCUA